AUGACAACGAUGUUCGUCCAACUGCACCGCGUGGUGUACCUGUUGGUACUUCUGCACUUCUGUACAUGUGUGGUUCACGCUGAAGAUGUGAAGGAGUCUGCAAAAGACGUUGUAUUAAGGAGGGGAGAUAGUUUAAAGAAGAUUGAAGGUGACAUGGAAGCCAUACGUACAGAGGCACUAAAAAAUAUAAGUGAUCUGAAUAGUAAGUUGAAAGUAUGGAGGGAACAUUCUGAACUUGCUAAAUCUGUUGCUGAUGAAGUUACACUCAUGCGCCGGGUGAUUGAAGCUGCAAUGAGAAAUAGUGGUGUCCCUUCUGCGAAUAAAGGUGUUGCUGGUGUUAGUAUAACUGCAGGGCUGCUAAAGAAUGCAACAGAUGCAGUAGAGAAAGCUGAGGUUGCUGUUAAGAAGGCAAAAAGUUCA